AGAGCGCGAUCGGUGUUUUUGUAUUGUAUCGUUAGAGUCGGCCACGGGCCAUGUGUUGCUGAGAGGAAGUUUGUUUUGUGUAUGCUUGCGUUAUUGUUGUGGACAGGAACAAUAGUUUAUCUGAUUUACCCCAUCCUUUUCCCUCAGAAUGGAUCCAGACCAGUCUGACGAUGGCUUUGAUUUUGAGGAAGAAGCCGAACCGUGUACAAGACUUACAGACGGCAUAAAUCUCCAAGAACUGAUAAGUAACUCCUCUGCAACAUUUGAGGUAAACACGAGUAGUGAAGCUGCACUUGAAGAGAGUUAUGGAAGUUACUUCAGUGAAAAAGAUCUACUGGACUAUGUCAAUUUAGACUGUGUUGAUGUUGGUUCAGAUGAUGAAACAAUAGGGCAAGGAGCUCCAGAGAAUACGCCAUUUGAAAGAAUUGCUACAAAAAUGAAGAACAUUACAGAAGAUGGAAAAGUUAAGAAAAGAGUCAUUAAGCCAGGUAAUGGGCCAAUGGUAGAAAAAGACUCUGUUGUAAUGAUAAAUUACAAUGCUUAUGUAGAAUACAGUGAAGAGCCCUAUGACUCUUCAUAUUUGCGAGGGCGCCCAGUAAGACAAAAAAUGAAUGAAGGAAACUUCAUAGCAGGUUUAGAGGUUGGAAUAAGCACUAUGAAGAAGGGUGAAGUGGCGCAGUUCUUAAUUCAUCCAGAUUAUGGAUAUGGCAAGCUAGGAUGUCCUCCACGAAUACCACCAGAGGCUGAGCUUCUAAUACAAGUUGAGUUACUGCGUAUCACAGAUCCAAGUUCACUUGAAACAGUUGUUCAGAGUGAAGGAAGUGAAAAAUCUACAUUUGAUCAAAUAAUAAAGAAAGCUGAAAGCUUGCACAUUAUGGGAAACGAUUUGUACAAAAAAAACACUGUGAGUGCAGCAAUAUCAAAAUAUCGAAAGGCAUCGUCAAUUCUUAACAGCAUGAAUUUGGCUAAUGAAGAAGAACAAAAGAAACAGCAGAAGCUACUUUGCAAAUUGCAUAUAAAUUCAGCAAUAUGUUACAACAGGAUCAAUAACUAUAGAAUGGCAUGUGUUACUUGCCGACUGGCUCUUGAUAUUCAGCCAAGGAAUGCCAAAGCACUUUUCAACUAUGGGCGAGCAUUGAUAGGCUUAGGAGAUUACAACCAAGCAAAAUCUUUCUUGACGAGAGCACAGAGGGAAGAAAGAAAUAACAGAGAAAUCAAUGAAGAACUGGAAAAGCUGGACAAGAAGAUGAGGGCUUACAAGAAUGAUAUGUCUGCCAUAUCCAAGAGGAUGUUUAGCAUGGAGCUGUCACAAAAAGAUAAUAAACCUGAGGGCAAAGAAAACUACAGUAUUUCUGCAUUUGCAAAUGAUGUGAAAAAAUGGCUUGAUUCAUUUGUUAAACAACCAAAUGUUCAAACUCUGCCAUUGCCAAGUGGCAUGACACAUGAAGAGGUGGCAGCAUUCAAAACUGAAGCAGAAAAGCGUGGGCUUCAGUGGCAAGUGUCAUUCACCAAAGGGCAACGGCAAAUUUAUGUUGUGAAACCUCCUCCUCAGUGAUUCCUAUAUCUGGCAAUUGGCCUUGCUUGCAAAUGAAAUUAAAGACCAUUACUAUUAGCUUACAAACACUGAAAAUAGAUGGGCUGUGAAGGACAAGAUUUCUCUUUAGUUUUGUUCAGUGGGUUCAGUGUUGCAGUAUGCACUCUGAAAAAGAAUUGUAAUGUUCAUGGAGAAUGUAACUUAUUUUGUAUCUCCUUUAUUUAAUUUAUAAUUUGUAUGCAAGCAGCAAUUCUGAAUACCUAUGGUUUUUUUAUCUACUUCAUCUGUGUACAACAGAAGUUUUGGUGUCAUACUCAGAGGUUCAAAAUAACUGUUCAAAGUUU